CUCAAACAAAGGGUCGCCUCACGGUUUUCUCUCACAAAAUCAAUGCUCUUUCCCUUCUCUUUCGCUAUUUUCACUCCCAGCCAUCAAUCCCAAAACGGAUUUCCCCACACAAGUCGUCACUCCCUUUUCUUGGCAAACUCCCACCAUUCUAGGCUCUGGAUGACCUCUAUAUUUAUAUAUAAUGGGGGAACUUUCUUCGUUUUCGUUUGCCGGAUCCAUUAAGUGAUAAAACAGAUAAAGAGAGAACUCGAAGAUUUGUAUGACAAUGGCUGUGGAGACACUCGUGGCGUCGUCGGAGAAUGUUCUAGCCCCGAAGAAGAACAGGAUUCAGGUGUCCAAUACCAAGAAGCCCCUCUUUUUCUAUGUCAACCUUGCCAAGAGGUACAUACAACAACAUAAUGAGGUUGAGCUUUCUGCUUUGGGCAUGGCAAUUACGACCGUUGUCACAAUCGCUGAGAUACUCAAGAACAAUGGCAUUGCCACCGAAAAGAAGGUUUUGACAUCAUCGGUUGGAAUGAAGGACGAGAACAGGGGGCGGAUGAUCCAAAAGGCCAAGAUCGAGAUCGUGCUAGAGAAAUCUGAUAAGGCCGAAAGCCCCCCAGAGGCGGCUGAUACAAGCACAGAACCAACCACAGCUGAUACAGACACAGAAAAGGCGACGACUGAUUCAGCUAAAGAACCCACCGCCGCCACAGCUGACGAUGAAAAGAAGUGACGAUUAGGAUGGGUCACGUCAAUUUCGAUCUCUACUCGAUAAGGUCAUUCUUUCUAAAAUCUAUUUAGGCAUUGCCCGCCUUUACUGGAGCAACUCUGUGGCUAGUGUUUUCGUUUUUAAUUGCAGAACCAAAGAUGGAUUUGGGUAUCGUGUGUGAAGCUGAAAAGAAUGGAAAAAAAGAAACAUGUAACGGAUGAUAAAGUUAAUAGGGGAAGUUGCAGUUGUACGUUUCCCGGCAUGCAGGGUUGUAAAGUACCGUUUGACAAAGUUUUGCUAAUUCAAUC